UUUUUUAUCAGCAAGAGAGGAGCAAACAAGGCGGGAUGCAACCCCCAAGGGAUAUUACUCAAAAUCGAACUUUAAGCUGUAGGAUAGGGGAUGAUGCUGCAGUUUGCUUCGACGCUACUGUGCCCAGCCGGACGGCAUGUUUGGGGCGAAGUACAUACAGUAAGCUGUAGUGUUGAAAGUAAAGUACCUUCCUUGCCUGCUCGCGAUGGGUCUGCUGGGCUAACCUUGCGCGGCGCAUGGUGAUAUCUGC